AUGACCGCAAUUCAAUAUCCGAAAUCGACAACGACGAUCUUUUUGGACCAACCACCUAGCUGCCUUGAAUUCUGCCCCGAAAUCCCAGAUCAUUUCGUGGUGGGCACUUAUCUUCUCUCUGAGACCAAGAACGAGGAUGGAGAUAUUCAACAGGCCAAGACAGGCGGUGUGCAACUGUGGAAACUCGACAUAACCACAAAAGUGCUAUCAUUAGUACAAAGAGUGUCCCUGCCGUAUGCAGUUUUCGACUUGCACUUCCACCCAAGGGAUAGGAACAAGUUUGCCAUCGUGACCAGUACCGGGUGCGUUUCUCUAUUCAAUGUCUCGACCUCCCCACCCACCAUCCACCAGGUUUGGACAAAGCAAGUCCACGAGGACACUUCCAUCCCCGCGCUCUUCCUCGCUUGGACUCCGGAGAGUUGGUGUUCUGGAUCAAAGGCAGAUGGAUUUGCAGUCACUUUCUCGGAUAGCCGAACAGUUGUAUUCGGGAGCGAAGAUGCCCUUACCGACGCAACUGCGUUGGUUGAGUGGGGAUCUUUUGAGGCGAAGCAGAUGAUUGAAGUCUGGUUCGUGGCACUGGCUGCCAUACCUGUGUCCUCUCAGGGAAUAGAAGAGAAGAAAGACAUAGUACCAUUCAUGUUCACCGGCAAUGAUUUUGGGUCUCUUCAUACUCGCCGGUUUGAGUCACAUCUGAGCAAGGAGCAGAACUACGAUGAGCCGCUCGCACCACUCCUGCUGGACCACGAUGACCGAGCUCGUCACCAUACAGCCGGCGUUACCUCAAUCUUGCCGCUCCCAGUCCCACUGCUGGACGAUGCUCCUGUGCUAUUGACGGGCAGCUAUGAUGAAGGCCUACGUGUGUAUCAUGCCACGCGGCGAGGGGAUGUUCUUGCUGAACAGAGCCUUGGUGGUGGUGUCUGGCGAUUACAGCUGCUCAAUACCGUGCAGGUCGAAUCAGAGCACCAUUUCCUGAUACUAGCCAGUUGCAUGCACGCUGGAACAAGGGUGGUUCGGGUCAUUCAAAAGGGCCAGGCGCAAGAUUCAGAUUGGAGCAUUGAAGUGUUGGCUGAAUUCACGGAACAUGAGAGCAUGAAUUACGCGAGCGAUGUAUGCAAGGGCGAGGCUCAAGCAUCUUCAGAGCUCGUCUGUGUGUCAAGUAGCUUUUACGAUCGCCGUGUGUGCGUGUGGAGCGCCAACAUAUAG